AUGGCAGAGGAUUGGAUUUGGAUCCUUCUACAGACAGCACGAAUGGCACGGCCGCGAUUGAUAAGGGCAAUUCGAGACUUUCAAAAUAAACUUAGUGCCAAAGUCCAACAGAUCAGGAAAAAUUUCCCAAUGAAGUUGCUCUUUUUCUUGGUAGGCUUUUACUGUGCAACAGCCUUCGCAACUGUCAUCGGGCAAACAGGGGACUGGGACAUUCUAUCUGCUGCCUUGGCUGUGGUGGUUGUCGAGGGAAUUGGAGCUCUUAUGUACAGUGCUUCUCAGCCUGUAUUCAGUCGUGCCAGAAGCCUUAUUUCCAUGUUCAAUUACUGGAAAGCUGGGCUGUCCCUUGGCCUCUUCUUGGACUCAUUUAAGUACUGACUGGAUGACGCAGUUGGCUUAGACAGUGCCCUUCAUAUUACAUAUGGAUGGAUCUGGUUCUUGAGUUCCAGUUGCAGAAGUGCGAAGAUUUCUGCUAGCCGGAUGCACGAGGCACCAGAGCAUGUUGGGAAGUCUAUUCAUUCAGAGCAAUGGACCACUUGGAUGACGUUCUUCAGAAUGAGAAACUGAGAGAACAGGAGCUUUAACUUGGCUGGUAGACAGUCAAGAGAGUUUCAUCUCUAUGUUGGAGAAAAGAAGAGUAUGCAAUUUGACGUGAAUUGCCAUUCCCUAGCGGGUUCUAGGUGGAUUCAGUCUCCGGGUGGGUGCCUCCAGAAUCUCUCGAAAUGGUUAAAUCUGCUUUUCCAGAUGUCGGGAGGAUGUCAAUAACCACCUCGUGAUUAUUUCGCAGCUGGGGCUGCGUACGUAAGAAGUGAGGAAUUUUUGGCUGAAAUGGUUAUAAUUUUCUAACUUUGUUUCCAGUUCAUAUUCCCCAUACUGAGACAUCUUGAUGUAGUUUGCUAAAUUGCUGUAAUUCUUUCUCACAGCAAAUGUCAGAGGCUGAAAGAAAUGACAAUUACACUGAUUAAGGCUG